AUGACAUUAGGAGUUCGCAGUAUCAAUGCGAGAAAAGCAGGCAAGUGGGAAUUAUUUGAAUGUUCAGUGGAAGUAUGGCCACAAGAGCGUGAGUUAAAUCAUAACCGUGAACGUGAUCUAGAGGAAGAUUGUGAUUGCCAAGAGUCAGGUGGGCCGAGGGCUACAUCUGGAAGGAGAGUAUCCAUGUCUUCCACAAAUAUGACAGAGAUUUUUGGCUUCAUCAGGAGAGUGCCAGGAAGAUCAGAAGGAACGUUGGGUUUAGGGUCAGAGGCAGGAACAGAGGGAGAAGUUAUGUCAACGUUCAUAUCAUCAGCAGAGACAUUACGUGUUAGUUUAUUUGGCAUGUCAGAAGCGUUAUUAGGAGAUAACGGGCGAUCUCCAGAAGAAGCCAAAACUUCAGGAUGUGGUGGCGGGAUUAGCGAUCAGGAAUUUGAAUCACCAAAUUAUAACGAACCUAUUUUUAUUUGUAACUAUCCAACUAGUUCUUUUAUUACAAUAAUUUAUUAUGAGGUUAAUGGAAAACGACAUGAAAGAAGUUACAACAUUUUAUCAUUGGGGGAAUAUCCUUCAAACGUUAAGUAUACACAGCGUGGUAAAAAGAAUUCUGUUGUCUAUAAAAUUCCAAAUGCAUAUAAAGUAGAGACAAUUUUGGGAGGAUUUCAAAUUAUCUGUGAAUCUAAUUAUUUGCCUAAUGGAAAAAUCAAAUAUUCAAUUGAAUGGAAAGAUAAUAACAACGUAUCUAAAAUUAUUUCAAAUACUCGAUCAUCUUCAGGUGUGGCAAAUGAUUUUUAUAAGCAAACUCAAAAGUUUCAGGAGUUUUAUUGUUUGGCUUUAACAUACCUUGCUUAUGAAGCAAGAGAAAAUAUUACAAAUACUCCUAUUAUAAAUAGGAAACGUCCAUAUACCGAAAUUUCUACAUCACAGCAGAAUAGACGUUUAAAUUUACUAGCUAAGGAUUUUAAAACUCAAUCAAGCAUUAUUUUGAAAAAUAAUAACAUUAAUAAUAGUCAAUUAAGGUUAAUUGAACUUGAAAUUGGUGGAGAAGUAGUAGUUAUUGAUUUUCGAUCUCAUAAUAAUUUGGAUUUUAUGGUUCAUUGUGAUGCUAUACUAAGAGCAAUUGAUGAGUGCUUGAUUUCACGUGAUGGAUAUCGACGUCUUGCAAUGGUUGAUCCAAGAAUUGAAAGAGAAUAUCGUAUUGAAGGGCGAAAACAUUAUAUUAAUGAAGUUAUGAAUUCUCUAAUCCCUAUAUAUGAUUAUAUUAUUAAAAUCCCUUCAUCACCUUCAAAUCAAUCAAAAAAACGUAAAGAAAGAGAAAAUGAUAAUAUAGAAGAUCUUGGUUCUUCUAGUAAUAGUGGUUCUUCAUCUAUUUUGACUCCUGGGGAUACAGAUGGACAUAUUGUAACUCAUCAAUACUCACAUGUAAUGUUUACGGUAUGUUUAUUAAAUGAAAAAGAUGAAGUUUUAAAACCAAAUGAAAUAAAAGAUGGGUAUAUGGAUUGUGAGAAUAUUAUUUGGCCGUGUUCAAAAGAAUUGCGUGCUGAUAUGAAUCAUUCUUGGAGUAUUACUGGAAAUAAUAAAGGACAUGCAAAUCCAUGCUUAUUUCCUAUGAUUAAAACUGGAAAUUGGAUUCCUGAUGAGUUGCAUGUGAUGUUACGAAUUACUGAUGUUUUACUUGGAUGCUUUUUCUAUCAACUUAUGGAGGACAUAAACCAAUUUAAAAAAAGUACAUCAACUUUAAUUGAACAAGAAAUGCAUCGUAUUGGAAUAACUCAUUUUCAAUUUUAUGAAUCAAAAACAAAAGGUAAAUACGACUGGACUACUUUAAAUGGCGUUGAAAAAUUAAAUGUACUAAAGAAUUUUGAAGUAACUAGAUCUGUUUCUGGUGAUCAUGGUAGGAAAAUGGAAUUUUUAUGGCAUGAAUUUUUACGUUUAUAUUUAUUUUUACGUCAAGAUCAUAUUACUGAAGAAGAGAUCGAUUCAUUUGAACAAGCAGCUAAAAGUUGGAUCUUAAAAUUUUGUGAGCCAACUAUUGGAAAAUCAAAUAGUGCUAAUAAAAAAAAAAAAGGAAUGUUCAAUCCAACUGAUAUUACUCCUUACAUGCAUAUAUUUGCACAUUAUAUUCCUCAAUUUUUUCGUAUUUUGAAGAGUAAAAAUUUACAAUUCAAACAUUUUUCUACUUCCAGUCUUGAGAAAAAAAACCAUAUGCAUGUUUGGGUAUUUUUUGGUGCAACAACAAUGGGAGGUGGAAAUAAAGCAAAUUCUGUUGUUCACAAUAUAUUAACAUAUGAAAACCGGCAACUUUACUUUUUGAUGAACAAUAUACCAAAAUCUAUUGUACAGAAAACAAUUGUUCUAAAAGAAUGA